AUGGAUUAUAGUGCUAGAAAGCAAAAGGCAUUCCCGUCUAGGAAAACGACUCUCUCCUACUGGAUUGGAGAGGCUGAUGGUAAGCUUUCUAAACAUCGAACAACGGAGAAAUUACCAGAAGAGGUUGAUGUGCUAAUCAUUGGAUCUGGCUUUAGCGGAGCUUCGGUGGCAUUCAAUUUGCUAGUGGAAGAAAAGACAGAGCAGAAGGUACUCCUAUUAGAAGCUCGUGACGUGUGCUCUGGAGCUACAGGAAGGAACGGUGGGCACAUGCGGAGCUACUAUCAUCACGACCAGUACGAAUUCUCGCAAACUUACGGCCAGAAAAAUGCUGCAGACAUUGCAAUGUUUGAGCAUGAAGAGCUCAAUGUUGUGGAGGCACUAGUUAAGAACUAUAAUAUCGAUUGCAAUUUUGUUAGGAGAACCUCGUACGUGACCUACGAUGAUCCUUCUUCAGGAAAGUUUGGAUUGAGAGAUUACUAUUCGUUUUUAAACAAUCCCUAUAUCGAUCAGAAGGUCAAAGAUCAGGUGAAGAUCGUUUUUGAUGAGCAAGCCAGAAAAGAGCAUGCAAACACUGCGUUUGGAGUCUACACGCCUACAUCAUCGGUGUGGCCGUACAAGCUAGUCUGUGGUCUUCUUGAGAUUGCAAUUUCCAAGGGAUUGAACUUACAAUCGAAUACUGCUGUGGAGGAGCUAGAAUGUCUUCAAGAUAAUAGCUGGCUGGUGAAGACGCCGCGUGGAAAUGUGCAUGCUCAAAAAGUUGUGAUCACCACCAACGCUUACACGAGAGCUAUUUUGCCGGAUUUCUGGGGCAAAAUCAUGCCCGUUAAGGGUGUAGUCUCGCAUCUUAAGACAGAGGCAAACAAAACUCUUGAAACCAAUAUGAUUCACACAAUACCUGUAGAGAUCGACUACAUAAGUGUUCGAGACGACGGGUCGUUGAUAAUCGGAGGAGGCGGACAAACAUAUAAAACUUCUCCAAAUCGGGAAAUGAUGGUGGACAACGCCGACGAUUCUUACUUUCCGGAAGAGACUAAGCAAUACUUUGUUGGAUAUGCUAACCGGAACUACAAAUCUUUGGCAGACGUUGAAUUUGUCAAUGAUUACACUUGGACAGGGUGUAUGGGUUUUACGGAAGAUGGUUUUCCUUUUGUUGGUGAUUUGACUGCUUACGGACGUCCAAAUAUGUUCAUAUCUGCAGGUUUUACUGGACAUGGUAUGCCUCGUAUUUUCAGCUGCUCAAAAUACUUGAGCGAGUUAGUAUUGGGAAAGGAACCCGCUACAAGCAUUCCGGCACCGUUCAAGCUAUCAAUUGAGAGGAUGAGCAUGGUGGAAUCGCCUUAUCUGGAUUCGCUAGCGGAAAAACACGGCACGGCACCGGAUUAA